AUGGCGGACAUAACUUCUAUGGAGGCGGAAGUGAAAGAGUUUAUGCUACAGCUCGAAACGGUACAGUCCAGUUUGCAGGUCGACCCAGAUAACACAGAGCUGCAGAGUCUAAAAACAGAGCUGGAAGAACUCAUAGCCCUUACCAAACAAUCCAUCGACGAGCUGCGACCUCCAGCCGAGCCUCAGACAGUCCCCGAGCCGGCGAAGGAGAAGUGGUCCAAAGAGAAUCACCCCGCGUACCAGGCUGGAUACCGCAAACCAGCACCGCCAGCACCAACCACCGUCGUAGACGCUACCCUACCGCAAGAAGAGCAGACUCAGCCUGCGUCCUUUUGUGUUAAUGACAACGUCCUUGCUCGCUGGACAUCGGGUGACGGCGCAUUCUACCCUGCCCGCAUCACUUCUCUGACUGGCUCGGCCACAAACCCUAUCUACAUUGUCUCAUUCAAGUCAUAUUCCACCAUCGAGACCUUGUCGUCAAAGGAUAUCCGCCCUCUCUCUGCUACUGACUCGAAAAAGCGAAAAGCUGAUAAUCUAUCCUCGUCACCAGGCAUUGUAGCCCCACACAUUAUCAACAGCACGACUUCCGGCAAUGACUACACCAACGGCAGUAGCCCAAACAUAGGUGCCGAGUCUAGUGUCAUCUCGGCCGCUGCGGAUAUCAACCCCGACCUCGCCAGCCAGGCAAGAAACGUGGCUAACCAGGGUGAUAGCUCUGCACGACCGUCAAAAGCUGCUCGAAAAGUCAAACGCAAGAAGGACCUGGAGGCUGGCAAGAACAAAUGGCAGGACUUUACCAACAAGAGUAAAUUCGGCAAGAUUAAGAAGGAGUCUAUGUUCAGAACUCCAGAAGGAAUCAAUGCAAGAGUUGGCUUCACUGGCUCUGGGCAACAGAUGCGAAAGGAUCCCACCCGCAGUCGUCACACUUAUAGCCAGGAAGAUGACGUUUACUAG